CAGAGACCAAUAAAUUUGAGGCCUCAACCUUAUUUACAUUAUAAGAAGGCUCAGACUCUUGUUGUCUGAGCAUAUAUCAAAGUUUUGAUCAUUUACAGCACUUGAGGGACCACCAAGAUGGCGGAGCACAACUUUGUGAAAGACCGUCAAGACGUCCCAAUUUGGAAUGCUAUCGAAGCCAAUAACUUGAAACAAGCCUUAAAACUCGUCGACAAGAGGCUGGCAAAGAGGCCAACUGACUACCUUGAGGCCCUCAAGAUUUAUAUCAGGUCUCUAUCACCAUCCCUUGCCGAAAAAUCCAAUGUUCUUCUAAAGCUGGAGGAAUUGCCGACGCGAAAACCGCCACUUACGGAUUUAGAGGCCAUAGACCUGUACGACGAAGCCUUGAAAAGCGUUGUGCCAGACCCGCAAGAGAGCUGGGGAAAAAUCAUCGGCGAAUUACGGUUACAGAGUGUUAAGUCAUCGCCCAAGGAUGAAUCUCUCAGCCGGAAAUGCUUGCAAGCUUGCUUCUCAGAAGGGGAUUUAGAUCAUGCCAGACAAAUUGCCAUCAGUCUUGAGAAGAACUUCCCUAAUAAACAUGAAUUUGUCUUUUGGAACAUUACCAUGACAGUCUUGUACUCGAAAUCUCCAAACUGUCCAAAAGAGCAGCGCGGCAUUUUUGGAAAGUUGGCUCUAGCUCAGAUUGGCAAGCUUGCUGCUGCUACUACACAAGCCGGGAGUUCGGACAAACUCCCAAUUCGCUCAGUCCAUACGCCACAAGAAUUGCUUCUUCUGCAUUUAGUUACUGCAAAAUAUGGCAAGCAAGAGACACAACUGGAGUAUCUGCAGGACCCCUAUCUUGGACCUGAGUCGAUUAUCGCCAAAGGCGAAUGGUCUCUCUGGAGAAGUAAAUUGCAACUCAUGACGCAAGCCGAGCAAUGGCAGGAGUUAUUUCAACUGACUGGCAGUUUGCUCAAACGGGCACGUACAAAGAAUGCAUCUGGCCAAAUUACCGAGUCACGAUAUAGCGACUGGGUGGUAUGGGAAGCAUACAUCAAAUCAGCUCUCGAGCUGUUCCAAAAAGACAACGGGGCAGAGAUAAUAGCUGAAGUACAAGCCGAAAUACAAGCUCACCUAGACCCGAAUUCCGGGGUCGACAAAAGCUGGAAGAGAAAUGCUUCUCUGGCAUGGCUCACGCUUUCUUUCGAAAACGGCUCUUCUUUUGUGGAAGGUGAAGCCUCUGGAAGAAUACCCUUCCUUUUGACAUACUUAGAAAAGUAUGGCGAGGCUACCACCGCUUACAAUGAUCUCCGACGCUUCGCAGAGCGUUUGGGACUUGAGGAACGCGUGCAACUGGUUAGGGUCCUGACGGGCAAUACCCUGUUUGGAGAUUCAGACAGGCUCAGAGAUGAGAAAGCUCAAUCUCGAGGAAUGCUACGCCCUUCAGACGAAGACUUUACCACCGCCAACAAAAUUACUAGACUGAUCAACAGAUAUAAACUGAUAUAUCUUGUGACGAGCAGCGUUCCGGAAUACGAACGUACACGCAGCCCACAAUAUCAGCCCGGCUCGACUAAUUUCCAAUGCAAGGGUUGUUACCAACAAUGCGGUGCAUACUGCAGCACCUGUGUAGAGAUACUUGCACAAAGUCUCAUGCAAUCAUACCGGGAGGUAACUAAGGAUGAUAGUCAUAUCACGAAAACCUUACUCCCAACAGACCGCCACCCCGCUGAUGAUCUAUGUAUCUUGGCAGCCAUGUGCUUAAUUAAGCUUUCGUUUAUAAACGGUAGCAGUUCGAUCGAAUCUCUCAACGACCUCAGCAUAUCCUAUAUCUUACAGGCUACCGCACUUCUGGAAUAUGCCUGGUCGCACUCAAAGUCAAACUUUCAGAUAUCGCUGAUGUUAGUCAGAUUGUACACGCACCUUGGUUGCGGAUCACUGGCUAUGAGAGCAUAUCAACGCCUAGGAGUCAAGCAAAUACAGCUUGAUACACUGUCAUAUAUUCUCUUUGACAGAGUUUCUAGUUUUCAUCCGCAUCCCUUCAGCCGUAACAUCCAUGGAUCCUCACAAUUUCUCAGUCCUAUCGAACAUUUCGAAAAGCAGCAAAAUCUUUACAGAAAGACCCGCGAUCAUGUGAGCAAGAAUUGUUGGCUAUCUUUGGAAAACGGCAGCUACAAUUCAAUCUUUCAAAUCAAGGAAUUCGAUGAGAGUAUAUCCCACAGCAUGUCCGCGGCCAUGUCCGUCGUCGAGAGCAGGAAGAUCUCUCGUCUGACCCAGCCAAGUGUUGCAUUGACUACCUCUUCACAUGGAUACGAUGACUUUAUAUCACAUUCGGAAGACUCCCAGGCAACUUUUGCUGACACAAAUGACUACGAGUCAUUUCCAAACUUCGAAGCCAGUGGACACGUGCGGUUUGGGGAAUUAUGCCAAUAUGGAUUGGGCCCUUCUGCUCUCCGGACUCACGCAAAUCUCGUGGCAGAGAAUGUGAGGAUGGCCAUAGAUGUAAAUUCUGAUGUGCCAAACACCACAGCUCGAUUGUGGCUCAAACAGCACCUCAACGACAGCCCCGAAAAGGAAACCAAGCUCAACGAGUCAAGCACGAAGCAAUCGGGACUGACAAAUAGUGAGGCUUUAGCCAUGAGAGCGAACGAUGCCAUGGCCAAUAUCAUUCUUGGUGUCUGCGAUCGUGAACAGUGGUCCGAACCAGGCUUUGAGAACAAUUUAGAGGUUCUCAAUAAGAGCUUAUAUGAUGCCCUCGAAACGCAAGUAGCAUACGUCGCCAAGAUCCAGAACGAGGCGCUGGCCGUUCUAGGUACUCUUCAUUCGCUUUACAUGGCCUACGACCUUGGUACCACGGUCAUAAAAUUCAUUUCAUACCUGUCGCAGACGAAGACGGAUGUCUAUAAAACCCAAGAGGACGCGAACCUUAAGACACGUGACGUCGCGGAGCGCUUGGUACAGACCGUGAUAGAAAAAUCCACAGCGAUUAAAAAGGGGCUCGAUGAGGGCGGCUGGAUUGAUAAGGUUCUGGAAAUGGUCUCUCAAGGAGAAGAAGGUGAUAGCACCGACGAGCCAAAGUCUAUCGCUAGUUCGCUGAAGGAAAUCAUUGAUGAAAACUUCUUGGAGGAAUGGGCCGGCCAUGUUCUUGAAAGCUGGCGAGACUCGGUUGUGGGCUUCUCGUACUUCAAAGCUCCCACCAAGGCCUAGAUUGACGGAUUGGCUUGAGGUUCUCGACUAGAGGAAUAGAUAGCAAACGUCAUGGUGGUACGCAGUGCCAUUGGAUUCGGCUGCAUAGCGAGGGGGUUCGAGCAUAUGCACUUUCCAGCAGGUAGACCAGCAAUGCAUUUCAAUCCAAAAAGAAUAGGUCGUCUAAACCAUAGAUCCAUAAAAUUAGAGGCGUAAGGACAUCAUAGUUUACAUCCUCUCCUCCUCCUCAGCAGCUCGCUUCUGCUGAAUGCGAAUGGCCCAUUCCCUCCUCUCCUCCCUCAAUGUGACAAAGACCCAGAACCAAGUCAUCAUCUCCAAGAAGGCCCACGUAAACACUA